GAAGUGACGUCGCAGGAGCGAGCGCCCGGAGCGCGGUGCGCGCAGUAUGGCGGGAGCGGAAGGAAGUUCGAAGCGCCUGUUGCCGCCACUCACACCCCCGCCCGGGAUGGCGGAAGUGGAGGCGCCGACGGCAGCUCACAAGGACCAGACGCAGUGUGCCGCCGCCAUGGACGUGGAGCGGAGCCGCUUCCCCUACUGCGUGGUCUGGACGCCCAUCCCGGUGCUCACGUGGUUUUUCCCCAUCAUUGGCCACAUGGGUAUCUGCACUUCCACAGGCAUCAUUAGGGACUUCGCUGGCCCCUACUUUGUCUCGGAAGACAACAUGGCCUUUGGGAAACCAGCCAAGUACUGGAAGCUGGACCCUGCACAGGUCUACGCCAGCGGGCCCAAUGCGUGGGACACGGCCGUGCAUGAUGCCUCGGAGGAGUACAAGCACCGCAUGCACAGUCUCUGCUGUGACAACUGUCACUCCCACGUGGCACUGGCCCUGAACCUGAUGCGCUACAACAACAGCACUAACUGGAACAUGGUGACACUCUGCUUCUUCUGCCUGCUCUAUGGGAAGUACAUCAGCUUCGGAGCCUUCGUGAAGACCUGGCUGCCCUUCGUCCUCCUCCUCGGCAUCAUCCUGACAGUGAGCCUAGUCUUUAACCUGCGGUGAUAGCAGCCUGGGACCACAACCCACGGGGAGCCUGAGGAAGCAGAGGUCACCUCUUUCAGUUCCAGAGUCUCUCUG